CACUUCCUGUGCGUGUGUGUAUGUGUGUUUCCUGACCCAUGUUGCUCAGUAGUAGAAGUGCCUCCACAAGGAAGGAUAAUACACAAGCUCCCACCACUUGUGCUCGUUUCCUGGCUUCCCAGCCAGCUGCUCUGACCCAUCCUUCCCCUCUUCCACUCCUUUCCCAUUCGCCUCAGUCCAUUCUCCUUUCCUCCUUCUCACAUUGCAGUUGUGUGUUUCGGGGGUCUUUUUUCUCUAUUUCUUGGGUUGAGAGAUGUGUUGUUCAGUGGGUUUUGCCAGGUCUCUGGGCCUGGCUUUGUUGCCUCUGGCCCUCUGCUGUAUCGUGGCCAACCUGCUGCUCAUGUUUCCUAUGGGAGAAAUGACAUACAUCCAGUUGGGCCGCCUGGCCAGCUACACCUGGUACUUUGGAGGACUGGGCGGUGGAGGCCUGCUGAUGCUCAUUCCUGCAGUAACCUUCAUCACUUUGGGAAAAUGCAGUUGUUGCUGGAAUGAGAGCUUGAUGAUGUGUGGGUCAGUGUUGGCUGCUGUGGUUGGCCUGGUCGGAUCUAGCUAUUGCUUCGUUAUUUCAGGCCUUGCCUUGAUGCAGGGUCCCCAGUGCUUCACUUCUCUUGGGUGGUCGUACCCCUUUGCAGAUCAGGGAGGCAGGUAUCUGCUGCAACCAGAGAUGUGGUCCCUGUGCCUCCAGCCGGUCCACAUCGUGGAGUGGAACGUGACUCUGCUGUGCGUGCUGUUGGGCCUGGCGGUGUUAGAGUUCAUCCUGUGUCUCUUGCAGCUUGGCAACGGUUUAGUCAACGCUGUCUGUCGGCCGUGUUGCUACAAGCAGGAGUACAGUUUGAACGCUUAGACACACUCACAGCAAUACAUGCAUCCGAGUACGCUAAUGCUCACGUCUGCACAUGGGGUCGCCUGCUCGUCUCCAUUUGUGUAUGUUUGAGCACAAUACACACCCUCAUUACGGAGAUUUUUACAUUACACAUUUGCAGUAUAAAUCCAUUAAAACUACGAUAAUGAAAAUGUACUGAGUUGGUUUAGUGCACCAGUGCUUUUUCGUGGUCAAUACAGUAGCACCCCUGAGACAUUGAUUAAGGAAGCAACGGUGUAUUCUAUUUCUUUCUCUAUUAUUAUAAUAAUAUACUUUAUUUUUUAUAUGCUAAGAAACUAGACGGGAAGAAGAAACUGAUGGGGAAAAAAAACACACUUCAAUCACCAAACCAUUAUUUGUUCACUAGUACACUAAAGCUGCUUGCUUUAUUAUGGUGUCUAAAGUGCAGUCAACAUUUUCUUAGUUUUAGUUGAAGUUUAUCAUCAAUGUGCCGGAGGUAUUGCUUCUAUUCAGUAGCUUUGGUUGGUUGAUUUUUUUUUUUGUGUGUGUGUUUGUACAUUUGUUCUUAUUUUUGAAGUAUUAUUGUUGUACAAUAAUGUUUUUCUUCGUCCUCAAAAUGCUAGUUCAGUGUUCUUUUGUAUAUACAAUUUAGUGACAUAUUUUUUAUAUAAUGUAUGUUUGCGCUGUCUUGAAUAAAAAAUAUUUCCAUUCCGUGUAUGUGUGUGUGUGUAUGUGUGUGUGUGUGUGAUGUAGCAGCCGCUCAGUGUUUUGUAAUCAAUUUUUGGGUGAGCGUGUAAGUCCAGGAGUUUCCACAGUUACCAAAUUGUCCUGCUAUUCGGUGAUUGAGCACUUACGCAGAUGUCGUCCAGUUACUACUACUACUACUACUACUACUACUACUACUACUAAGGCAGGAUAUUGCCGCGACCCAGUCUCCACAUUCCUUGUGUGUUGUGUUAAUACGGAACAACUCUCCAGAAAAUGGUGAUUAAAUCCACACUUCAACAGUCAAA